AAUACGACAGACGCUGCUUUUUGCGUGCGGCUGGGAAAAAUUAAUAUCAAAAAUUUGUCAAAAUAUAGAGAAACAGCGUUUAAAAAUUUCGCUGCAAACGGCACGAAGUGAAGAUAAUCGUUGUAAAAAGCAGCCCAUUACAGCAGCAGCGUAAUGGCCGAAUAUUUGGCAUCUAUUUUUGGCACAGAAAAGGACAAAGUCAACUGCUCGUUUUACUUUAAAAUCGGAGCGUGCCGGCAUGGCGACCGCUGUUCACGCAUACACAACAAGCCGACAUUUUCGCAAACGGUGCUGCUGCAGAACCUGUACGUGAAUCCCCAGAACUCGGCCAAAUCGGCGGAUGGCUCACAUUUGGUUGCGAACGUCUCGGACGAGGAGAUGCAGGAGCAUUAUGACAAUUUCUUUGAGGAUGUGUUCGUUGAGUGCGAGGACAAGUAUGGAGAAAUUGAGGAGAUGAACGUGUGCGACAAUUUGGGCGACCACCUAGUCGGCAAUGUGUACAUCAAAUUCCGCAAUGAGGCCGACGCCGAGAAGGCGGCAAAUGAUUUGAACAAUCGCUGGUUUGGUGGACGUCCCGUCUAUUCGGAACUGUCGCCGGUCACCGAUUUCCGUGAGGCCUGCUGUAGACAGUACGAAAUGGGUGAAUGCACAAGAUCCGGCUUUUGCAAUUUCAUGCAUCUCAAGCCCAUAUCACGAGAGUUGCGGAGGUACCUAUACUCGCGCCGGCGUCGCAAUCGUUCGCGUUCACGUUCCCGCUCCGGUGGACCGCGACGUCGUUCACGCAGUCGUUCGCCGCGUCGUCGACGUGAGGAGCGCGGCAUCGGUGGCGGCACAGAUCGUGGUGGCGAGCGUGGCAUUGUCGGUGGCACUGAUCGUGGUGGCGAGCGUGGCAUCGGCGGCGGCACCGAUCGAGGAGAUCGUAACGAUCGUGAUGGCAACGAUCGUGAUAGACGCAAAGGUGGUGGUGGUGGUGGUGGCGGGGGAGGAGGAGGCGGAGGAGGAGGAGGCGGCGGCGGUGGUGGUCGAUAUUAA